AAUGAAUGUGCAUCGUAACAGACCAGAAGCCGUAUAACUACUUAAACUUAUUAAUGACGCGCAACUUGCGCAUGCGGGGUUUUAAAAUAAUGGCGGCGUAAUUACCAGCAAAUUUGCGGGAAAUAUUAUUAUAAAAUAUUAUAUACUUUAAAAAAUGUCGUUAAAACCUAUUGUUCAAUGUAAGAAACAAAUAAUAGGCAAACAUUCUUCUUUUAAAACUUGUGAAAAAUUAAAAAUGGAAUCUAAGAAGAGAAUCCUGGUCAUCGGGGGAGGAUUCAGUGGAAUUGGAUCUAUCAAAAGUUUGAAAGAAGAAGGUCAUGAACCGAUAUGUUAUGAAAAAACAGCAAAUCCUGGUGGAACAUGGUACUAUAGGGAAGAUACCCCCAUGGGUAUACCUUCAAUUAUGCCAACAACUGUCAUUAACCAUAGUAAAGAAAUGGGAGCACUGACUAACUUUCCACCAGAUAAAAGAUACCCGAAUUACAUGCGCCACUUUGAACUUUAUAGAAUGUUUCUGGAUGUUGGAGAACAUUUUGAUUGUUUCAAGCAUAUUACAUACAACAGAGAAGUUAUAAAAGUGAAGCGGGCUACAGAUUAUGAUGAAACUGGUAGAUGGUGCGCAACAGUUAAAAAUACUGAAACAGGAGAAAUAACGGAUGAAAUAUUUGAUGGAGUUAUGGUUGGUGUAGGUCACAUUACCUAUCCUAAAAUGGCUCAGUAUCCUGGAAUGGAUAAAUAUCGUGGAAUUAUAAUGCAUACUCAUAGUCUAAAAAGAUGCGAUCAAUUUAAAGAUAAGAGAGUUUUAGUAAUUGGUGUUGGAUGCUCUGGAUUAGAUGCUGCUGUUGAAAUAAGUAACGUUUCUUCCCAGGUAUAUCUCAGUACAAGAAAUGGAGCUUGGAUCUUACCAAGACUAGGGCCUUAUGGAUUGCCUUUUGAUUACUGCAUGCUUCGAAGAUUUAUGAGUACAGUUCAGGCUGCUGUUGGAGUUAACUUUUGCAGCUGGUAUCUCGAAAAAGUUCAAUUACAGAGUAAAUUCAACCACAAUUUAUACAAUUUGAAGCCUGCUUAUCAUGCUUUAUCAAAAGAUCCAGCAACAAAUGACUUAAUUGGUAGCAAACUCAUUACAGGUUCUGUAGUGUUGCGAAAAGAUGUGAAAUGCUUCACAGAAACAGGUGUUAUUUUCGAAAAUGAAACUCAAGUCACAGAGGUUGAUGUUGUAAUAAUGGCUACCGGUUAUAAAUGGAGUUUUCCAUUUCUGGAAGACGGCAUUCUAACAACUGAUAACGGUCAAAUAAACUUAUACAAAUGUGUCUACCCUCCUCAUUUGAAACAUCCAACUUUAGCAAUAAUUGGUUUUCUCUUACCUUUUGGACCAGGAUUUCCUUUGGGUGAAAUGCAGUGUCGUUGGGCUGCUCAAGUUUACAGUGGUAAAUGCAGCUUGCCAAGUGAAGAAGUUAUGAUGGAAAGUAUAAAUAAACGUUAUGAAGAAAAUUUGAAACGAUUCGCACCACACGAAAAGAUGUCGGUAAGAGUGGAUUAUGUCCAAUACAUGGAUGAAAUAGCUGAAGAAAUUGGAGCAAAACCAAACAUGUGGAAGCUCUUUUUUACGGAUAUAUCACUAUAUAAAGCUGUUAUGUUUGGUCCAGCUUUGCCGUAUCAAUAUAGACUAGAAGGUCCUCAUAAAUGGGAUGGGGCCAGAAAAGCAAUUCUUACAGCACAUGAAAGAGUCCGAUAUCCACUGUCAGGGGAACGUAAGAAAUCCUCAAAGCCAACUUUCAAGUUGACUUCAUACUUAAAAUACAUUAUCGUUUGCUUAUUGAUGGCAUUUUGGUUAACAAAUAGUGAACCAUCAGUAAAAUGUUAUUUGAUUGCAGUGAUGUUUGUUUAUUUUGUAACCUGGAAAGGCUUUUACAAGAAGUAUUUCUUUAGCUUACUUAUGUUGCCAUUCUUUGUUUCAUGGGAUGGCUUCGUUUCUUCUUAUUUCCUCACAAUAUUUGUUCCAAUACUAUUGGCUACAAUUACGUCAUACUGAUAAGGACAAAUGUAUAUCUGUUCGCCCUGAGAGUGACUAACAAUUAAAACUGAAGACAUUAUAAUGAAGACAAUUUUCAAAUGUUCUUUAAUUGAAAUUAAAAAAAAAACAUUUAUUUUUUUUACAAUUUUCUGUUUCUGUUAUGUAUAUGUUGUGCUAUCUAUUUUUAAAUAAGGUAUCUUUCUAUUUUCAAUCGAAUUAAUUUUCAAAAAUGUGUCACAGUUGAAGAACCUCAUUUUCAUUAUUAAUGCUUAGAAAAAAGUCUUUUUGUAAUUAUUUUUCUCUUAAGAAUUAGAAAACUGCAAACUGUUUCUUAAAGUAAACUUGUUUUCUACAAGUUUCAGUUUAUGUUAUUUAUACGGUUGUCACACUAUCUAUUUUUAAAUAAAAAAAAUUUCUGUUUUUAA